AAUAAUAUAACAAUAACAAAAAAAUAAUAAUUAUUAUUAUUUCGGAGAAUAUUUGUCUAACAUGACACGUAACGAUAAAUAAUGUUUAUUGUUACAGAAACAAGAUCAUUUCAGCCUAACAUGGACUCCAGGCAUCAACUUCAUCAGAAUUAUAAACGUGAAAUGAAGAAUACUCAGAGAAUUGGCAUCAUUCUUUCAUUAUUUCUAUUGCUUCUGUUGAGUUAUUUUAUUCCACUAACUGCCUCAAACCUGAACAAGAAUGAAAAGAAGACCUAUACAUAUAACAACAGCUUCAUACAGAGUCUCAGGUUCAGCUUGGAAAAUGAGAAAAUGAAUCGCCGCCUAAGCAAACAGAAAUUAAAGAGUUUUAUAGAAGAGCUUUUGAAUGGCGAAAUGACUUACCUGCCUUUGAGAAACCUUACCUUAUCAAAACUUGAACUAAAUGAAGGUCAAAAGACAACAAAUAUAGACAACCUUAAAGAAUGGAAGAAACGGCACAGUAAUGUUCCACACAAACGCGCGGCCACAGCUUUGAAAGAAAGACUGUGGGAUUAUGGUGUUAUACCCUAUGUCAUAGAGUCAAAUUUUACUCCAAGGCAGAAAAAUAUGAUGCAAUCUGCAAUGGAAACUUGGGAGAAAGACACUUGCAUAAUUUUCAAAGAAAAAGAACCAGAAGAUAAAGACUAUAUUGUUUUCACGGUUAGAGCAUGUGGAUGUUGCUCACUUGUCGGUAAGAAAGGUGACGGUGAACAGACUGUCUCCGUUGGAAAAGAUUGUGACAGACACGGAAUAAUUGUACAUGAACUUGGCCAUGCUAUUGGCUUCUGGCACGAGCACACGAGACCGGACAGGGACCAAUAUGUUGAAAUAUUUCUAGACAAUGUUAAAGCUAAUUCAAAGAACAACUUCAACGCCCUGAACAGCUCAGAAAUUAAUUCUUUGGGCGAGCCCUAUGACUUUGAAAGCAUAAUGCACUAUGGGAGACUUCAGUUCGCUAACAACACAUUGCAGGAUACGAUGAAGGCCAAAGAAAAUCCAGGAACGACUUCUAUUUCCGACCGCAUGGGUCAGAGAGUCAAACUUAGUCCUGGGGAUAUUCGACAAACAAACCUUUUGUACAAUUGUCCAAGCUGUGGCUCUACCCUUGUUGAGACUACUGGAAGUUUCAAUUUUAGCUCUAAACUUGGACAGCCUGAAGUGUGUCAGUGGCGCAUCAAAGCCUCUUACGGGGAACGUAUCAAAUUAAACAUUAAUUCUUUUUCAAUUACAGUUUCAGACAACUGUGAGAGAAACUAUUUAGAGAUUAGAGACGGACACUACGUGAAAUCUCCGAGUCUUGGUCGUUACUGUGGAAAUAAUGUCCCUGAUGUUAUUCUAUCCUCUGGGAGGAGAAUGUGGAUAGAAUUGAAAAGUAAACAAGGACGGAAUAAGUUCUCUGCUGAAUACAUUACACUCUGUGGUGGGGAUAGUAAGAAGGACGACGGUUUUAUUAACAGUCAGGGUUACCCUAAUGAAAGAUAUCUCCGAAAUAGCUACUGCGUCUGGAAUAUAACUGUGAAAGAGAACUUCUGUGUGAGUAUUAAGUUUGAAACUCUGGACUUGGAACUGACCGAGGAGUGCAAGUACGAUUAUCUCGAAGUGAGAAACGGCCAUGGUAACCUUGCCGUACCUAUAGGGAAAUAUUGUGGAGACGAUCACCCUGAAGAGAUCGUAUCGUCUGGAAACAAAGUCUCACUUGUGUUUGUCAGUGAUUCAGAAAUACAGAAGUUUGGAUUUUCUGUUCAUUAUAGGUCUAUUGCAGAAACGGAUGAGUGUGAGACAGACGAGCACGGCUGCGAUCAUGUUUGUAUCAAUACAAUCGGCAGUUUUAGGUGUGAUUGUAGGAUUGGAUACGAGCUUCACUCUAAUGGAAAGACUUGCAAAAAAGAAUGCGGUGGUCAAAUAACAGAAAUGAAAGGCAACAUUACCUCUCCCUCAUUCCCAGACAAUUACCCAGUGAGCAAGGUCUGCACGUGGUAUAUAACUGCACCAAGAGGCUAUGCAAUUUAUUUAACCUUUACACAUUUUGAUAUUGAAGGCAACGAAGGACGAUGUUAUUAUGAUUAUGUUAUCGUGAAUCUAAUUGGUGGGAAUAGUUCUAGCAACAAUCAAUUCUUUUGUGGAAGCAACUUGCCAAAACCAUUAAUAUCCAAAGAAAACUCCAUGACAAUAGAAUUCAAAUCUGACGAUUCUGAUGUAAAAAGCGGAUUUGUCGCACUUUUUUCUAUGGAUCGAAAUGAAUGUGAUCAAAAGAAAGGAGGUUGUAGCCAUAUUUGUAAAAACACUGUUGGCAGUUAUCAAUGCUCCUGUAGAGAUGGCUUUGUUCUCCAAAGUGACUUGCACUCAUGCCUUGAGGAAUGCUACAGAAAUAUCAACUCAUCAAAAGGAAACAUCACGAGUCCAAAUUUCCCAAAUCCUUACCCAAAAAGACUGAAGUGCGAGUGGCAUUUUUCUACAAUUUUGGGACAUAGGAUAAUGCUGAGUUUUAAAGAGUUGGACGUGGCGUGCGACAACGACAUUGUUGCCGUCUUUGAUGGUGAUAACGAACUUUCUGCAUCUCUCGGCCGAUUUUGCGACUCGACUUUCCCAGAAUAUAUACAAUCUACAGGCCCCACCAUGCUGCUUCAAUUUACCACGGACGAUUCUGUACAGAGGAAAGGUUUCAGGGCCGAGCAUAAAACUAUUUGUGGCGCCAUUCUUGAAGCGACACUUGAGAAACAGACUUUACUUUCACAUUCAGAAUUCGGUACAAAAAAGUACGAUAAAGACCAAAAUUGUUUCUGGCACAUUCAAGCACAACAAGGGUUUAAAAUUAAACUAGAAUUCGAUUAUUUCCUAUUGGAGAAGUCUAUAGAGUGUCAGUAUGACUCUGUUGCUGUAUACGAUGGUGACAAAGAAACUGCUUUAAGUUUGGGAGUUUUUUGUGGCAGUUCAGUGCCUCUAAAUUUAGAGUCAUCACAAAAUAUCUUAUUGCUUCACUUUAAAUCAGACAGCAAUAUCGGUGAAAAAGGUUUUCAGUUAACAUUUCGAUGUAUGGAUGAGUCAUAAAAAUAACAGACUAUGUUAAUGGAAAAAAUGUGAAUUUUAUUGUAUUCUGCUUGUUGUUGUUUUUCUUUUCGCUUAUUAGAUUCCAUUGUGUUAAUAUUAAAAUAUUCAAACAUUCAUUCACCAUUUUCUUUCUUGACGUUUUUUCUUUAUCAUUGUAAAAAUUUUAAUAUAAUGAAGAGGAAAGCCACGGAUGUGAGAAUAUCUGAAUACUACUAAGGUUGUGUCAAAAACACAUACUAAAUAAAUCAAUUUUUGAUAAUUUAAAAUAAUUAAAUAGAAACAUGGGAAAUUAGAUUAAUGUACAACAUAUCACGGAGGCGCCCUGGCUGCGUCGUAAAGCGAAAACUUUCUCAAUUCGGAAUAUAGUAUUAUUCGGGUCCUUGUCAUUAACGAGAAAAAUUGAACGGAAAAGCUUGCGUUGGUCAUCUUCAGACUUACUAAGGAUUAAAAAGUGAAUAUUUGACACGUGAAUAAUCUUUCCUUUUUUUUUGUCUUCCAUACAUGAUAUAAUAAUGAGACAUGAUCCUGUAAGUUUUUGAUAAAAAGUAACCCAGACUAUUCAAGCUGUACAAUAUUAUUACAUGUAAAGAAGAGUUCAAAUGGACCUCAUUCACCAAUCAUAAACAAACAACAUUUAGCCACGUGAUUCUCUAUCUCUUCUAUACAAAAUACGUAAUCCAUAAGGGCUGUCACGUGAUACUUUUUACCCCCAGUCUUUUAUCAAUAUUAUCACGUGGCUUUAUGUUGUUUGUUUACGAUUGGUGAAUGGGGUCCAUUGAUCUAGAAAAUGUUUACAGUUCUCCUUUGCUGGUUGAAUCUUAGACCGUUUGGCUUGUCUUUCUACAAGUAUUAUUGCUUGUAGUAGCUUGUGCACCUCCAGACUGAUGUUUCAGUUUAACUUCCGCAGAUUUCUCUUUAUCAAUUUCUCUUUAUCAAUUUCUCUUUAUCAAUUUCCUUUCGUUCGCUUCCUACUUGUUUAUUUUUUAUUUUUAUUUUCUUACUAAUAUAUUUUUCUCUCUCUUCUCUAUUUCUCUUCCUUUUUUUUCUCAAGUAUUUUUGUUUCUUUUAUUCUUUCAUUCCCUCCCAUUUUUUUCUUUUUUUUUCUCUUUUUUUUUCUCCUAAUACUUAAGUUUUUCUAUUUGCAUUAGUAGGUCUUUUUUUUAAAUCUCUUUUUGAAAGUUUAGGUCCGAUCUUGAAUGAGCUCACUCCUCAUAGGUCUCAGACGGACAACAUGCUACACUAAUUUCAAGAAGACAUCUACCUGUUUAAAGUUUGUUG